CGCCUUUAGCCCUUCGCCUCCUUCCAGCGCCUGCCGGAUUUGUGCCUCGCUCUCCCGCUCUGCUUUGAUUGGCAGCCUCCCGAGAGGAAGCUGACGUGAAAAACAAGCCAAGCGCCCCCUAAGUUACACGAUGAUGAAGCCCUACCGGAGCAGCUCCACCGUCCGCAGCUUCAGCAGCCGCUCUUAUACCCCAGGUCCCGUCAGCAGCUCCCGGAUCAGCAGCUCCUAUGCCAGCUCCAGCCACGGGGGCAGCAGGUUCGGAGGCUAUGGGGGCUCCUUAGGUGGGUCGUCCGUCCGCAUCGGUGGCGGCAUGGGGGGCGGCAUCACGGCCGUCUCUGUGAACAAGAGCCUGCUGGCGCCGCUCAACCUGGCGAUCGACCCCACCGUUCAGCAACUGAAGACCAAGGAAAAGGAGGAGAUCAAGGUCCUCAACAACAAAUUUGCCGGCUUGAUCGACAAGGUUCGCUUCCUGGAGCAGCAGAAUAAGAUGCUGGAUACCAAAUGGAACCUCAUGCAGAACCAGAAGAUCACCCGAAGCAACUUGGAUGGCAUGUUUGAAGCCUACAUCAGCAACCUGCGCCGGCAGCUGGAGGGCUUGGGCCAGGAGAGAAUGAGGCUGGAUUUGGAGCUCAGUAACAUGCAAGGCCUGGUGGAAGAAUUCAAGACAAAGUAUGAAGAGGAAAUCAACAAUCGUACGGAGAAGGAGAAUGAGUUUGUCCUUCUGAAGAAGGAUGUGGAUGAGGCCUAUAUGAACAAAAUUGAACUGGAAUCACGCCUGGAGUCCCUGUCUGAUGAGAUCAACUUCCUGAGGCAGGUGUAUGAUGAGGAACUGCGCGUACUGCAGUCCCAGAUCAGCGACACCUCCGUGGUCCUGUCCAUGGACAACAACCGCAGCCUGGACUUGGACAGCAUCAUUGCUGAGGUCAAAGCACAGUACGAAGAAAUCGCAGCCAAGAGCCGGGCCGAAGCAGAGAGUGUUUACCAAAUCAAGUAUGAAGAGCUCCAGACAGCAGCAGGCAAGCACGGAGAUGACCUCCGCAACACCAAGAAUGAAAUCAAUGAGCUCAACCGGAUGAUCACCCGGAUACAGUCUGAAAUCGACGGACUGAAAGGCCAGCGUGCUAACCUGGAAACUGCCAUCACGGAGGCCGAAGAACGUGGGGAGAUGGCCAUCAAGGAUGCUACCGCCAAACUAGCUGAGCUGGAGAAUGCCCUGCAGAGAGCCAAGCAAGACAUGGCCCGCCAGCUGCGGGAAUACCAGGAGCUGAUGAAUGUCAAGUUGGCCCUGGACAUUGAGAUUGCCACCUACAGGAAACUGCUGGAAGGAGAGGAGAACAGGCUGGAAGCAGGCAUGCAGAACUUGAGCAUCCAUACCAAAACAAGUGGCUAUUCAGGUGGCCUGAGCAGUGGGUUCAGCGGUGGCUACAGCUCUUCCUUCUCCAGUGGGGGUAGCUAUGGCAUGCAUAUCUCCCCACUGGAGAGUUCGGCAGUCUCGAAGACAAAGGCCAUUGUGAUCAAGAAAAUCGAGACCCGAGAUGGCAAACUGGUGUCUGAAUCCUCCGAUGUGAUGUCCAAAUGAGCUGCAGAGCCCUGCAGAAGCUGGAAGCUCUUUCCAGUUCAAGUGCCUUGAUUCAGUGAACCUUUUCUUUAAUCUAUCUUGGCUGGUGGCUCACACUGAGAAACAGGACAGGGGCGGGGGGGGGGGGGGGGAGAAAUUGCUUUCUUAUCUAACUUUCUCUAAGACAGGCGUGAGGAACCUGUGGCCCUCCAGAUGUGGCUGGAAUACAACUCCCAUUGGCCCUGGGGAGGGGUGAGGUCCAGCAGCAUCUGCAGGAUCACAGGUUCCCCGCAUCCAGCAUCACCCAAUAUUGCCAUGAGGAUUCUGGUUCCUCAGUUCCAUUUCUGCUGCCUCAUUUGCCUGCCAGUCAUUCCUUGGCCCUUGGGCAUGCUUUGUCCACACCGGGCCGUGCUUUGGAUCCCCCAAACCUGUAGUUCUCCCAAGCUUGCUGCCUCUCUCUGUUAGUAUGUGGAAGGCACAGGACAGAGAGGAGUACCAAAACUGCCUCCUAGAAGCUGCAGGUCAAACCUCUGGUGAAAGAGCAGCUAUGGGAACUGGAGGUGGAGUUGACAGUCCUUGCCCCAUCUGAGCCUUCAUUUCCUCCUGGCAGUUAUGGGGACAGAUGGCCAGGAGGCAAACUGGCAGCUCUUUGGGACUUCAGCUCCCAGAAUCUCUGCCAGCAUGGUCAGUGGCCACAAGCGCUGGGAGCUGAAGUCUGCAAUAACUGGAGGCCUAUCUUCUGCCCACCUAUCUGCUACCUAUCUUCUCAAUGCAUGAGCAGACAUCCUUCAGGUGAAAUUGGCAUUUAUUCUGUAGGUGAAACCAGUCAAGAUUUUUUUAGACCGCCAUUAAGUAGAAGCAGACCAUUUUUUGUUCUGAAGGAUGAAGAAACAAAGCCUUGCUUUUGCUCUUCAGGUUAGGCAGGGGCUUCAGCCAAAACUAUCUGUGCAAUUUCUUUAUUUAAACAAACCCAACUUGCAUUCCAUUUUGCUUGACCCUCAAAGCAAUGCCUCCAACUUUCUUUUGAAGUUAGACAGCUUACCUUGAACUCCUGAUCCUCCUGCCCAACACCUCUCUCCCUAGAACAAAGGCCACUGUUAAAAAAUGAGUGCAAAAAUUGGGCUGGGGCAUUUGAAAACCAUUGUAAGAUUUGGGAGAAAUUGUCUCCCCUGAGAAAGGUAAGCAUUUAACAGCCUACGUGCUUGUUUACUCAGAAGUAAAUCCCCUUAUUUUUCCAUGAGAAUUGUUGCCAGAUAAGUGUGCAUUUAGCACAAUGCACCUCUGCAAUGCCUGUUUGGUGAUUAUCUGGCCCAUAGAGUUCACUUCCAUGAAAAAGUACACAGGAUAAUAUAGUCUUAAUGCAGGUUAACCACCAACGACUCUAAUGGGAUCUAUGUAGAGGCAAAUGAGUGCAGGAGAAUGGACCAUGGCUCUUUCAUCUCCUAAGAUUUUUCUUAGGAGAUUUUCUCCUAUAUUAAAAAAGGUUCUUAAAAGAGCAAAUUGUUAAUUUUUAAACUAGCUCUUGCUUCUUCUUCUGUCUCAGCAAAUGUUAAGCAAUGCAAACAUUUCACUUUCUCCCCUGUUAAACCUUGUUCAAUAAAACAUUAGGAAUUACACAAAGA